UACUGACCCACUCGCAUUUUGUCCCUCGUUAGUUCAGUUUAUAAUUAACAUUGACACAAACACGUCGAGAUGUUUCUUAAAAUUUUGUACGUAUUUACCGUCUUUUUGUGUGUCGCACACGCGAAGAGUGUUAUAGUCGGCCAUGUUUAUAAGCAAGGAAGUAUACAUAAGGUUUACGAGAAAACAGUGGAGACAAGUGGCAUACCGUUGAUUAAGAAGACCGAAGAAGUGUACUUUGAGUAUCCGCUGGAUGAUCAAAUGAUUAAAGGUGUCGCUGUAAUGGACCUGGACAACGGUCUGGCAGAGUCGUCUAUAAACUCUGGCGGCCUUGGGUUUAACUUCGUCAACAUCACAUUGAAGAGUGAGAGGGGCUUAGGGCUCAGGUUCCGCAUAGAGGUAUACGCGUGAUCCUAGCGGACGCGAUGAAUUGUUGUGGAUGUUUGUAUUUUUAAAUUAAAGUAUCACAAGUAA